AAUAAAACAUAUAAAAUUAAACCAAUUCAACUUAACACCAAAUUAAACAUGAAUAAAUUCAUUGUAACAUCUUUACUAGUGUUGAGCAUGGUGAUUUGCUGCACAUCGCAAGCACUAGACUAUAAACUCAAAACUUUAACACUCAGUCAAACGAUAAACAGAGACAACAAUUUGGUAUUAAAUUGUGAUUUAGGGCUCGAGAGUAAUGAAGAGUUGGUCGGCGUUAACAUGCAAUACAAAGACCAGUGGUAUUACGGGGUAGACAUCGGAAACAUGACUGAGCGUUACGACCCUAAUGUGAUUGCCAGCGAUCGGCUAAUAGACCGGACGCCACCCCUCUAUGACAGGACCAGUAAAUACGGUCACAUCCGAAAUGUCAUAACCGGCGCCACAGAGUCCGACGAUUACGACUGUUUCGUGACAUUCAGAGUCAGUGGUUUGACUUUCACACAGUCUUCCCGAGAGGUUAUAGUCAAUCGCCUGCGAUUCACGCCUCAGAAGGGCGUAGAAAAUAUCAAGAUGAAUUUGGACAGCAAUAAGCAGCUCUAUCUUACCAUCAAUCCGGUCGAUAAGGCAAAUGUGAAUACGGAGGGACAAUAUGAGUGCAAGGUCAAUUAUAUUAACCCCGAUGGUGACGAUGAUCAUAUAGAGAUCCUACGCCCACUCAAUCGCAUCAAGGAGCGUUACAACAAUACGGUGAUAGACAGCACCAGGGUAAUUGAUCGGGUGCCCCCACUAUAUAACUCGACUGUUAAAUACGGACACAUUCGCAACGUCUUAUCGGACACAUUACCAUCUGAUGACUUUGAUUGUUACAUCACUUGGUAUGACGGAAUCGGCACUUACUGUACGCAAUCGUCACGAAAGGUGCCUGAUCAAAGGUCUAUAAAGACCUCGAUUCUGGUAAACAAUGUAUUGAGUAAUCAGUACAGUGCCGGCGAUGACGUUAAAAUCCAUUGCGAUUAUCAAUUGCAACCUAAAGACACAUUCGUCGACCUCCAGGCCAUUAAAGACGACCAUAGGUUCUACAGGUAUAUCAAUAAAGAAAGGGUAUUCUUUACGCCACAAACUGGUAUUGAAAACAUCAAAGUAGAUGCCAAUACUAACCAACGAUUAUGGCUAACCAUUAACCCAAUCAAUAGGGCAAACGAUUACACUGGCGGUCAGUAUAAGUGUCAAGUUAAUUAUGUAAAACCGGAUGGUGGGGAUGCUAAGAUUGAGCAUUUUGUACAACUUUCACUC